ACACGCUUGCGCCGACGCACGCGGCUCCGGAGAACCUCGAAUCGACAUGAAAUCAUCAACGACAACCUUGGCCGUGUGUCUGGCCCUCGCCCUCCUGACGGUGCGGGAGGUAGAGUCCAAAGAACGAGAGGAAACAACCGAAAGAAACGCCCCGCAGGUCUACACGUACACGCCCCCAAACCAAGGCUCCGUCUACCCUCACAACGUCUACCCGAACAGCAUCUACCCGAAUGGCGUCUACCCGAAUAACAUCAGUCCUUAUAACCCAUCGAAUCCAGCGAAUAAUCCGGCAUAUAAUCCCUCUGUAACGAAUAGCAAUUAUCCAGGAACUGUGGGGGGUGUUUAUCCUUACAACGGCGUGGGGGUUGCGGGCCAGGAGGCUUUUACGGUGAGGAGAGCUUCGCCUUACACAACGCAGGGAUCGAAGAUUAUCUUCACCGAGCCCGUCACGCAGGUGGGAUCCGGGUGGAACAUCGCUUCGAGUGAGUUCGUGGCUCCAUCGGCUGGCCUCUAUUUCUUCACCUUUUCUGCGGUUUCCGACAGAUACAAUCAUUUCAGAAUUACGAUGAAGCACAACAGCCGUGACGUAGUGAGCGCGUUCGGGGAUUCAAGCGGAUACCAGAUGGGCAGCCAGAGCGCCAUCCUCGGCCUCAACGCAGGCGACCGCGUUUUUCUAAGGCUGGAGGAGGGCCGACUGCAUGACGUCACAUCCACCAGGGCCUACACCACCUUUUCAGGAUUUAAGAUCUUUUAAUGUAUUUUUUUCUGUUGUGGUUUCCAGUCGAUUAACCUAAUUUAGUGUUAAUGUAUUUAGGAUACUUUUUUUUUAAUGGAGGCUGAUGCGUCAUUUGGCUUUGUUGUUUACGUAAUAACAAGGGCCUGCAGCUUUCUAUAGUUAGACAAAUGGGAUUAUAAAAGGGUAUGCUAGAUAUAC